GAAUCAGCGGAAGAGGUGACCCCAGGCCUGCCAUUCCUGUCUGACCUGGCCCUGGGACUGUCAGUUCUGGUGUGCACACAACUGGCCCUCCUCUACCAUGGCCCUCCCCCCACCCAGGAUGAGAUUGACUGCCAACAUCUGCUGCGCUCCAAGAUCCUACAGAGGUGUGUGUGGAAAACUGAACGCUGCACUGACAUACAAGAUAAAUCAAAAGAAGCAACCAGCCAAACAAGAAAACUGAUGUCUCCUGCACCUGUGAGUUCCAAGAGUGCCGAGGAAGGAGAGCCAGGUGCCGUUGUCAGCUCUCGACUGCCUCGUAUCAGACUGUCAGCUGACAUCAUGGAACGAGUGAGGGCACUCGUCAAACGGCAGCCAGUCAAGCUGAGAGCAUCCAUCAGGCCCAGCCUGCAGGUGGAAACACUUGAAGAGAGCAUCAUAUCUGCAGUAGCCAAACACCUGGGGCUGACCGACACCCUGAGAGACCUGAGGAAUGUGGUGGAGAAGCAAGGCCAGGCCCUGGCAGCACUGAUGGCAGUUUUAGAGGAAAGCUACCGCAGAUUUGAGGUGUUGGUUCGACAACUUCAGAUAAUGGGAGAGCUGGAGAAACGCUGGGAGACUGAGGUGGAGGAGCAUGGAUUGGUGGAUGUAUCCGUGAACUCAGACAAUGAGACUGCCAGAGCAUCAUCUGUGGGACCUCCUUUCUUCCAUGACUACCAUCUUCAAGAGCACCGACAUAAGGAGCUGGCCAUCUUGGCAUUCCUGAAAGAUGUGGUGGUGGAGCCCAGUGACCUGGAGGCCAGCACAAAACACCUGCUGGAGAAGUUUGAAACUGACGUCCAGGCGUACAAGGCAGGGAGAAAGAUCACAGAAGAGAGAAGCCUGAGCAAGACAAAGCAUGUUGUCAGUGGUAUUCUGACCCGGCUGGAGCUUCUGCUGCAUGUCAACAGCAUCCCUGUGGAUGCUCAGUCGGCCUUGACCCGCACCAUGUCUCACACUCAGGGCUUCAAAGAAGAUCUGAUGGUGAGAUCUGACACUGAUGUCUCCCAUCCCAUCCAAGCUUUCAGCCGCAGCAUGUCUGCACCUGUUGGCAUUGACCCAGACCAGUCUUUGACCUUCAAAUAUCAGAGGUGGAGACAUGGAGACAAGCAGAAGUUUACUGCCUCCAUCCUGCAGGACCUGGUCGAUGACGGAGACCAGGAUAAGCCACCGCACAUCGUGGUCAUUGAUCAGUUGUUUGCUUUCAUUGGCAGUGAUCCAGAGAAAGCCGUCUCGUGUGUACAGUUUCUGAAAGCAGCUGAAGAGAGGAGCAAGCGUGGGGCCAUUCGCAACACUGCCCUGGACCACAUCAAGGACCUCUUGGCUGCCGCAUCCCGCGUAGGGGGAGCCACCCAUCUGGUGGCGGCUGUUGCUUCUGUGCUGCGUUAUGGACCCAAAGUGGAUGAUCUCCUGUGUGGAGGCAUGGUGAAUGAAGUCAGGGAAGCCUUUGCUGAAGCCAUGAGCUCUGUGGUCCAGUUGGCAGCUCACCAUCCCAUAGCCAGUGCUGGUAGCGUAGGUCUCUUGUGUACCAUUCCUUACACCAGGGCCGAGGAGAAAUGCCUGGUGAGGUCAGGGUUGGUGCACCUUCUGGACAAACUCUGUAGCCUGGGCAACCACCGAGCUGACGGGCUGGGCAUGGAAACUCAGACCCCCAGGCAGAAGGUGUCUGCUCUAGCUUGGGCUGGCUUCCAGGUGCUAGCUUCUCAAUGUGUCAAGUGGGAGAAUGAUGACAGCUCGCAUGUGGAGGAACUAGAACAUUCUGGUCUUGCCAAGCAAGUAUCCAUGUUGCUGACUCACCACCUGGCCCGGGCUACAGAGGGCAUUGGCAAUGCCAUGGCUGGCACUGAGGCCCUGCAGGAAGUGCUCAGUCUUCUCAACAAUCUGUCAAGAAGCAAGAUGGGUAAAGCAAUUUUGAGCCAGCCAGCCUGUGUGUCAAAACUGUUAAUGCUUAUCUCCCUGUUGGUGCUGAUCAUCCUGCAGCUGUGCAGGGUCUCUCUGCCCCUGAUGAACACUGUCGACUGUGAGGAGGUGGAGUUGCCGGCCUGGGGUCAGCAGCUCUACUCCAGCCACUGGAGCUCAGCACAGCCAGUGUCCGACCCGCCGGCCAAGAUCAUCUGUUUGCUGCUGGCUAAACUUGGUGAUUUCCUGGUGCCAGGAGACCAGGUGCUUCUGUCCAGUCGAUCCCCGUCACAAGAGUCUUCUGUCCCAGGACGGUCCACAAAACCUGGUGAGUCAGACAAGCUGGAAGACAGCGACAUCCAGAGAGGAAAACUCUCGGUUCUUGUCCACAAACGGGAGGACCAGAUGUCACAUGACAUUAUCCAGCCAUUACUGAGCUGUGAGAAUCGGCCGUUCCGUUUGAUGGGAAAUGCCAACAUCGACAAGGUGAUGCGUCUAGACAGGGAGCUUGCCAAGAAUGGCAAGGCUGAGCUGACUACCGAAGAUGCUGUCAGUGCCUUCAAGAAAGCCUACAAGUGGGCCCAGAUGGGUUUGGUCAUCUCCACAGCGCCACCCAGUGACACUAACAGUUCAGAAAACAACAAUGGCUCCGACAAGAAGAAGACAGCAGCUGACGUCAUCUGUAAGGAGAAAAAUUCAGAGCUAGCCAGGACGGACCCUGUCAGGGCUUUCAUCAGUGGCCAUGUUGCCAACGCCAUGGCGGCCGAGGUGAUUGCCCUGCUACACAACCUGCUGUCCUCACAGACAAGCUCAACUGCUCACACCUGGUCGCAGGCAGUCCAGAGGGUCCUGGCCAAUGCUCUUUCUGGUCUGCCCCUGCUGCUGAGCUCAGUGGAUGGUUUGUCUACACCCAAGUCUCCCCGCAACCAAUCACAUAACCAACUGAUGUCCUUAGCCAAACUGGCAAAUGCUGCACUUUGUGCCCUCGGAGGUUUUCAGGAAACUCUGAAACCUGGCUGUGAGGUCAAGAUAACUGGUGAGGGUGUCCAUGGGACCUACGGCACAGUCACCAUGGUGUCGGAACAAAACGACAUUGUGACGGUUCAGCUUAGCAACGACAACAGCUCUGACGUCAGUGGAGUCCCAUCACCAAGCUACAGUGACACUGUCAAAGUACCGAUGGCAAGAGUUCACCCUGUCAGGAAUGAGAUGUUCUUCAAACACCAAUCAGACAUGGCAGACACAGUGAUUUCUGCAGUGAAGGCGGUCAUUCUCCCGUCAGACGAGGCCACCUCUCCGCUGACUCAACCACUUCAUUCCUCAGGAGAUGGGAACACCAUGUCCAAUCAGAUCUGCAGAGUGGUGGCUGAGAUUCGAACCCGGACCUCCAUGGUUCUAGCACAGUGCUUGCAGGACAUAGAGUUUGCCAAGAGGUUUAUUCAGUAUUGUGGCAACUCUAUAGACAUGCUCAAGUCCCUGGCUAAGGAUUCUCAUACAGGAAGCAGAAUGCUUGUUGUGGAGUCUCACUGCCAGAGACUGCGCAUGCUCUACCGAGACUGUGCCAAGCCUCCACCACCACCAUGUCGUACAGACAUUCGGCCGUCCAAAGAGAUGGUGUGGGAUGUGGCCCGCCCUUUCCCGCCUGUUCGGGCUUGCCUCUUCUCUCAUGGAAUGACAGCUGUCAUGUUUCUAGGCGACCCAAGCGCUGGAGUGGGCCUGCCCAGGGGGAACUAUGGUCUACGCCAACCAGCCAAUUCCAAAAGAGGUGAUGCUGCACCAUCAUUCUACUGGGAGCUGGAGGUAGCAUCAUUUGGGGACUCCCAUGAUGAGAGUGGAGCUGUGGUCUCCUUCGGCUUUGCUCCACCGGCAGAGAAGAAAGAUGGAGCUUGGACUAACCCAGUUGGCACCUGUCUCUUUCUCAACACUGGCAAGGCUGUGCACUACAAUGGAGCCAGCCUGCUGCAGUGGCGAAGUGUGAGGUUAGAGGUCACUCUCAAUGCCGGAGACGUGGCUGGUAUUGGAUGGGAGAGGUCUGGAGAUGUCACUGAUAAUGCCCAGACACCUAAAGGCCAGGUGUACUUCACGUAUAAUGGGCAGAGACUACGGGCAUGUCUGGACAAUGUAUCUGGAGCCAUGUAUCCUAUAGUCCACAUACAGAAAAAGAACUGCCGUGUGAAGGCUAACUUUGGCACCCGACCCUUUGCCUAUGCUGAAGGCCAGCAGCACAGGGAUGCAGCAGAGGCAGUCAACGAUGUCUUGCGGGACAUCCGGGAGUCAUUUGGUCACCUGCCGUUCCAUGCUGCCUCUGAUAGUGAGAGUGACAGUGCCGAACCUGCCCCAGCCACGUCUCAGUCUGAGUCGGCUAGAGACAGCAGGACUCCACCCAAAGCUCCCUGCAAAGUUGCUGAACCUCCACCUGUGCUCAAAGAAUACAAUACGGAUGCCAGUUUGAGCUACAAGCUGCUACCUUCCUAUGACAACUUUGUGGUCACCGGCCCCGACAGCAUGUUUGCCCGCCUCAACGAUGAGGAUUCUGACGAUGAGACAGUCGUGGACGAGUCCGCCAACGAAGACCAUUAUGCCUUGCUGGUGAAGGCCUGGGAGCAGAAGGUGUUCCCAGUCAUCAGGAGGAGGUUCCGCAAUGAGGCCGAACGGAAGGAUGGCCUGGAGCAGAUCAGAGGAGCCUUACAACUAGACAGACGGUGGAGAUUUCUGUAUGAAGAGAAUGGUGGCAUACCACGAGAUCUACACCUUCCGACAAUUGACGACAUCAAAGAAGACCUGGCAAAGUUCACCAUCGACCGUGUGAAGAAAGGCACAACAGUGAUCAUCCGGACACCCAGCGGGAUCAGCACCUACGCUGCCACCCAGCUGCCCAAGUUUGCUGUCCGGACAAUGCUGAAAACAGCCAAUGAGCUGGUUCAGGUGGAGACCUACUUGAGGAGUGAAGGGGUCCUGGUUAGGUUCUGGUACCCCUUGAUCAUGCUGGAGAAGCCAGCACAGGGAUUGAGGAAGUCAUCCAUCACUGGCGGCCAGACCAUGGAUACAUCCAAUAUCUUCAUCCACAGGGAGCUGCUGUCGAGUGAGUCAUCUCUGGCACGCAUGUACUUGAGAACAGCAUUCCUGCGUCUGAUGGAUCACUGUAACUCUCCUGCCAUGGAGAUGACAUCAUGCUCCGCCAGCCUUGGCUCUGGCAUGGCUGCCUGUGCUGCAACGUUGCAGGAGCUGGACCUAGAGAACAUUCAGCUGUUGUCGGAACACCUGUUGGCCGCCCCGUUCACUACUGGGACCCUUGAAGCUGUCUCACCCCUACAGACAUCACUGCUGUCACAGCUUUCCCUGGAGCCUCUGGUGUCUUUGACCACGCUUGUCUACCGCAACAGUCUUCGCCUCAAACGGGAGCUUGCUGUUGCCAUCGCCAGGGCAUCCAAUCAGGGAGAGGACUAUCUCAUUGAGCUAACCAAUCAGCUGUGUCUUCAGACUGCCCCCGAGAUGUUUCCCUAUGUGACCUACCCGGUAAAUGAGACCAAGGUCAGCACAGAUGUCCACUUCCCUGGGGCCGCUUGCAUCUUGGUGUCUUGUGUCCGGAGCUCAGAGGCCAGCAGCAAGGAGAAUCCCCCUUACAGAUCCCCGUGGGCUCGUAUUAGCACGUACACUGGCAAACGUAUCAAGAAAUGUGGCCAGGUGACCAAACAGGUGGUAGUCUGCUACCCGCGGGAUGUCCACACCCAGAACUGCAACAGUGGCCAGUUUGCCCCAGCAUUGAUUCCCGGAGACAGAGUCUUUGUGAAGCUCGGUGUUUCCCCAGCUCCUGGUACCACGGUGACACUUCACGCACUGCCUCCACAGUUCCUGCUGGCUGUUGCCUAUGUAGAGACCCUUGUGACUGAGACUUUUGGCUGUGGUAUGAAUGCUUGUGGCAACAAGCUGGAGAAGACUGCUGGACAAAGGGAAGGCAUCGCUGUAAGCGGGUCCACUGGCUCUUCCUGUGCUUCAUCACCAAUGAGUGCAGAAGCUGCUGAAACUAAUGAGAGUCUGUGGAGUUUGGAGAACAUUCACGUGACACCACCGGUAUUCCUGCACGUCAUUGAGUUCUUGUGUGGUUUCCUGUGGAAGACAGAUGUCCCAGCACUAGUGAAGGAGUACCUCUUCCACCUGCUGGCUCAAACCAUGAGGAUACUGCGAUACAGUGAGGGUUGUCAAGGCAGCAGCUUGCUGACUAAACUGAGCACAAGACUGAGCCCCACGCAGGGCAUGCUGACUGCCCUGCCUAGAGAGCUGAAGAAGCUCUAUGAUCUGGAAGCCAAAAACAUGCCGGAGAUGACCACCACCGCUGGACAUGGGAUAGGUCUGGGGGUGACCGACACAUGUCGCUGGUCAACUUAUCUGAUGACCCUCAUGGAGGUGUGCCUGGCCAUUUCUGAAGUCAUACCUUGUGAGAUAUCCGUGUGUAAGGAGGCCACAGAGGCUUGCGCUGAAGAUACAGCUGCAGGAACCAGCUGUGUCCUCACUGCAGGAGCAUCCUCUUCAGGCAAGAAGAAGAAACUCAAACCAAAGAAGGAGAGGACUGCAGCCUCUACCAGAAGGUCUAGCCUGGACCAGCGAGGUCCGACAGAUGGCACAGAGUCUGAGGUCUCUGCAAGCUCCAGCACAGUUCACCUGUCUCAGUCCCUAGAUACUCAAACUGCAGUACCAGUAGGAGUGAUCUCCGUCCAGCCAAUCAAGGCAUCCAGCAACUCUAGCAUCUGCACCAUUUCUAAUGCAUCCUCAUCAACCUCAAUCAAAGUGGAUGAUAUGGCCUGGUUUCCACUAGCAGUGUCAACUGCAAAACUCUUACGCUAUCUGGCACUCAAAGAACCACACUGCCAGGACCAGGUCAGUGAGGCAGUGAAGGCUGCGGCCAUGACUUUAUCAUCCCCAACAUCUCAUUCUCGCCUGCUUGUUAUAACUGGCAUACCAACAUACCUAGAACUUACCACAGUGAAAAAGUCCAUCCGCAAGGUGUGCAACAGUUAUGGUGGGCUGGAUAGAGAUGAAAUCUUUGCCCCAAUUCCCAGUGACUUCAGUAGUUUAGAUUCCAAGGGAGACCCUUCCCAGCUUGGAUCAGUGUCAUCAUCCACGGAAGCAUGUGCUCCAACUUCAGCCAGCAGUGAGACUAAGCUUGAAUCCUCCAGGCCUCAGCAAACAGCCCCCGCACCAGACUCCAAAAAGAAAUCCAAGCUCAUUGAAGGCUAUGCUGUGAUAUGCCUCCCGUCCAAAACUAAAAUAGACAUUGUUCGGAAAGCCUUCUUGAAAUCAAAAUGGCUGAAUGUGAACCUUAGCGAAGAAUCUGACACAAACAUGGAAGCUCCAGAUGAAAACCUCAACGUACAAACUGUCAGUCCAGUUCUCCUGACAGAACCUGAAGCCAACAGCGCUCUGGAGAGCUACCUCUCAUUCAAGAUCUCUGGCAAGAUGGGUGCUCAGGUGCUGGGAGCUGCUGCCAGCCAGGCUCUGACGGAGAUCUUCUACAGCUGCUACUUUGUGGACCAGCAGCAGGACUCUGGGGACAUCUGUUUGUGUAAGGACCAGAUUCUCAACCCUGCCAGCGAGAACCUUCUGGGCCCAUUCUUUAAUGCUGUCCGCCCGGCCAAGAAACCAUUAGUAGAGGCUGUGACUGCCGUGCUGAGACAGUAUGGCAUUCAGAAGUCUCGAGACAAGGAUAUCUCUCCAUCAUCGACAGACAAGAGUGGUAAAGGAAAGACUGUGAGAAAACCUGUGUCCAAGUCGCAGAAAGAAAAACAAGCUCUGGGUGCAGAAGACAAGGGACAAGAUGAGAAGAAAACAGUGAACAGUCGGAGAAGUCUCCAAAAGAGAAAGAGGGGAGCCACUGCGGACAUCUCUGUUAAAGAAUCAAAGAGCACCACCAAGUGUGAGGGCCGACUGCUGACCCUGAACAGCUUCAUACAGUACUGUGAGGACCUCAUCAAGCAGGACCUUAGGGCUUUGUGGAAGGGCCUGUUUGCUUGUGGGCUGGACCUACAUCUGGAGAGGUGUGCCUGUCCUGAUCUGACAGCUGCUGCACAAAUGAUGUCCGAGUGGACAAUUGAAACAGAUGCCGCUCUGGUCUCAUACGUCAAUGAAGUUUGCUGUCAGCUGGCUAUUUCCUCAGCACGCCUCCACCCACACGAAGUACGACUGACUGAAGCUCAUCUGACCAAUGAAAAAUACUCUUGCCUGCAAGGCAUCCCCAUAGAGAGCCUCCGCUUGAGGUUUGCUUUUCUGCAAGAACUCAACAAUGUGCUGGAGACCAUGUUCCUGCCCCUGGUAGACUUGAGGCCAGCCAGCGUCUACAGCCGCAGCACAGCCUUUGUUCUAUCUCAGCUCAGAUGUGUCAUCUUUUAUGAUAGCAAGGUGAACUUUUUAAACAGAAUCCUCAAUGCCUCGGCCAAACGGAAACCGGACCAGGCUGCCCCAGAAAUAACCCUGAAUCCACUAGAGACCAUCGGUACAGGAGAGAGAGACUCCCAGUCGAGCAUCUUCUGCCAAUCCUACCGACAGCUGUGCAACAUCAGCUCCAGAAAGUUGUGUGUCAGGCUGGCUAGUGGUGGGGACCCCACUUACUCUUUCAAUGUCAGGAUGACAGGAGAGGAGGUACAUGGCACAAGUGGCUCAUUCCGACACUACCUGUGGCAGGUGGCCAGAGAACUGCAGUCGUCUGCACUGGGCCUUCUCUUGUCGUGCCCCAGUUCAGCCAUGGGGGUCAACAAGGGCAGACUACUCUUGAAACCAGGCAAGAUGACAUAUUCUGAAGAAAACUUGCUGCUCUUUCCUCGGCCAGGUAAGCUCUUGUUACUGGGCAUCACCAUCCGAGCAGACAUCCCUCUGGGGCUUGACCUUCUCUCUACAGUCUGGAAGCUGCUGGUUGGUUUGACCCUUGACCCUGUGGUUGACCUGCAGCAGGCGGAUGCCGUCACCUACAAGUACAUCAAGAAGAUUGAGAUGGCAGAAUCAGAGUGGGAGCUGGAGAACAUCUGUGGAGAUACAGAUGCCAGAUUUGUGUACAGCACCCUCACUGGCAUGGAUGUGGAGAUCAUCCCUGGCGGUAGGAAUACGCUGGUCAGCUGGAACACCAGGCAGCUGUAUAUUGAUGCCAUCAAGCGACUGCGGAUGCAGGAACUGACCAGUAGUCACAGAGUGGCUGCAGUCAUCACUGGCCUCUCCAGUCUCAUCCCCUACCAGGCGCUGGCCAUCAUGACCCCGUACGACCUGGAGAUCCGAACCAGUGGCCGGCCACAGAUCAGCCUGGAUUUCUUGAAGGCACACACCAUGUACCAGGUUGGACUAGUGGAGUCAGACUCCCACAUCGAGUACUUCUGGACAGCGCUGGAAUCUUUCAGUCAGGAGGAGCUAGCCAGGUUUAUCAAGUUUGCCUGUAACCAGGAGAGAAUCCCUCAGACCUGUCUCUGCCAGGAGGGAGGCCCGGACUCUGCCCAUGUGCCACCGUACCCUAUGAAGAUUGCCCCACCAGAUGGCACUGGUCCCCCAGACUCCCGGUACAUCCGCGUGGAGACCUGCAUGUUCAUGGUGAAGCUGCCACAGUACUCCAGCCAGGAGGUCAUGACCCAGCGACUUCGCUACGCCAUCAACUGUCGGGAGGACCCCCUCAGUGGAUGA